AUGUUUUGGUUCCGCUACGCGCAAAAAUUCGCAUUUGCGCCGGAAAUUAGAGCCUUAAGCACUAAUUCGCCUCUUUCGCGAUCCAGCCCCCUAAGGGCUUUGCAUCCGUUCGUAGAUGAGAACGCCUUACUCCGUCUUGGCGGGCGGUUGCAGAACGCCGCUCUCAGCUACGACGAGCAGCACCUGAUAAUACUUCCCAGGGAUCGAGUCGCCGAGCUGCUGAUUCAGCGCGCGCACAAAGCCACUCUGCACGGUGGAACGCAGCUGGUCAUCCGCACGCUUCGACAGCGGCACUGCAUAAUCAGGUGUCGUAAGGCAGUUAAAUCCCACAUUCGCGCGUGCGUUACGUGCACGCGUUACUCCGCGCUACCUUGCUCGCAACUCAUGGGAAACCUUCCCGCUUCUCGGGUCAACCCGUCGCCGCCGUUCGACCACACCGGAGUGGACUACGCCGGUCCGUUUAAUGUUCUUCCGCUGGUCGGACGCGGACAAAAAACAAGAAAAAACUACGUCGCUUUAUUCAUCUGCCUCGCCACGAGGGCCGUGCACCUCGAGCUGGUCGAGGACUAUUCCGCGGACGGUUUUCUGGCCGCAUUCCGUCGGUUCUCGUGCCGUCGCAGGUUACCGCGUUGGAUGUACAGCGAUGACGGUACCAAUUUCCACGGUGCCGACCGCGAACUGCAACGACAGUUUCACGCUUUGAAGGAUCACCCCGAAAUACGAGAUGUUCUCGCCGCCGAUGGCGUGGAAUGGGAGUUCGUCCCGUCGGCCGCUCCGCAUUUUGGCGGUCUGUGGGAAGCCGGAGUGAAGAGCUUCAAAGCUCACUUAAAGCGAGUCGUCGGGGCUCGCACGAUUUCUCGGGCGGGAUUCGCGACGCUUCUGUGUCAGAUAGAAGCCUGCUUGAACUCGCGUCCGAUUGCUGCUCUCAGCGACGAUCCCAGCGACAUGUCCGCGCUCACGCCCGGACACUUCUUGAUAGGGCGUCCAAUGAUCGCGGUUUCGGAGGAAUCCGUGUUCAAGAUCAACCCGGACCGCCUUUCCUGCUGGCAGCUAGUGAGCUCCAUGCGGGAGCAAUUCUGGCGUGCCUGGUCGCACGAUUAUUUGUUAUCGCUUCAGACGAGAACCAAGUGGCGAGACGCCGCACCAAAUUUAGAAGUCGGUGAUCUCGUCAUUGUAAAAAACCCUUUGCUCCCUCCGAGCAAAUGGGAACUCGCGAGAAUCCAGCAAGUUCAUCCCGGGUCCGACGGACUCGUCCGGGUGGUUACGAUACGCACUGCGCGUUCUCUACUGAAGCGACCUAUAACGCAACUGUACAAGUUGCCCGUAAGUUGUAAAACGUCGGCGUCAGAAAGCGACUGA